GUCAGUUUCACAAAUCAAGCAUGAACAAGCAAGACAGAGGUGAGCCCACUCUGAUUUUUCAUACAGAUUUUUUGUUUUUGCUUUAUUUAAAUAUAGCUCCUUAAUACUUGUAUUGUGUUGAGCAAAUUGGUAUCUGGUAUAAAAAUGUCACUGUACAUUUUUUGUUCGGAAGUUUUAGACAUUUAGCAAUACUAUAAGUGAAGCUAUUUCCAUGAAGAAUACAUUUUAAAAUAACAAUUAUCAAAUGGGGGGUGGGGGGGGGGGGGUAGAGAUCUAGAUUUAAACAGGCAAAGAUCUGUAAAAGAAGAAACGACAACAAGGUCUGAACAUGUCAACACCUCUGAAUUUUGACUAAUAAUGUAAGCUGGAAUCCAUUAAUGAAAAAGAGCUUUUAUAAGAGAAAAGCUGAAGAUGAGACUGAAGUGUCAACUUGGACAAAUUCAUGCAGUGCUUGAAAAUAAAACUAAUCUUUAUGUUUAUUGUUAGUGUCAAUGGUAUCUCAUGUUGGUGCUAAGUGUGAACAUUUUUUGAUUGCAAGGCGAGAGAGAGGUGACUCACUGACUCUGAAAUAAUGCAGAGGUUACUAUUCUAGGAGACAGAAACAUGAAUAAUCUCCAGACCUCAAGAAGACAAGUGAGGUUUCAGUUUUGCAAUCGCCCUUUGUAAAAAACUGCACUGAAAAGGACAGUUUCUGGUCAGUGUCUCACACUCCAUUUCCACAGUUGCACAAGGCAUUUAACACUGUGCUCCUCACCCACUCUGCCCGGGCUUGCUUUUGGGUGUCUAGCUGUCUUGUCUUGACCCAUGAAGCUUUGAAGAUGAAGCCUUAACAAAGAAACAGAUCUGGACUCAGGUUCACAUGCAGAAUUGUCUCUGGAGCCAGACUUGUGAAGUGGUACUGGACUCUUUUUUUCUGGGGUUGCCCAGGACUAAAGGUACUGAGGUAGCUUCUAGGUGAGUUUGUUGUUUAAUAGUUCUUUAAGAAGUAAGAUCUUGAUUCCAAUCGUUUGCAAAAUGUAGAGUUGAAGACUGUUGGUGAUUACUUAUGCACCAAGCAGCAGCUCAGAAUAUGUCUGCUUCUUCAAGCCUCUAGAUGGAGGCUCUUGGAAAAAGUUCUACACUGGGACUGUAUGGUACUGCUUGGAAUUUCAGCACCCACUUGGAAGAAAGGGAACUGAACAUAUGGUAGAGAAAACUCUUAAGAUCUGAUCUUAAACUUUGUUUUGUCAUUGGAUUCUGAGCUGGUGAUGAACUGGCCAUGACGAAAAUCCUAUUUAAGUGUGAGUUAUUUCCAGAGUGUGGUGUCUAAUGCCAGCCUUGGUACACCCAGGGCGAAGGAUGGCAAAUUUGAGUGCUUGAAUGAGGCUCCUUUCCCUGUGGGCUUUAAUUUCUACUCCAAGAGGACUUUCUGGUGCAUCCACUUAGUUUGAAUGAGCCAAAGUUAAAGCCCCUGUAGUGGAAGCAUUGGCCAUCAUUGUGUCUCCUAAAACACCCAGUGCAAGGUGCCGACAACGUGAGCCAUCAGAACUGUAGUCACAAGCUGUCUAUAACCUAAACAAGAGCUAUAACAAAAUCUUUAGGCCAAAGUAAAGCACUUUCCCUGUCCUCCAGAAAAAAAUGUCUCUUGUCAAGGAGCCUGUUUGUUUUUUUCGUGGACAGGAUCCUUUUGCUUUUAAGGGAUGAUGGCUUCUGUUUGCUUCUUCAAACAGUUACUUCAAGCCAGCAGUGGAAAAGAUCAUGAGAGAGGACUAAGAGAAACCAAACCAUAACUGAAACCUUUGUGUAAUGCAGAUAGGUUAAACCACAAGGCCUCAUCCUAAAUAUGAAGUACAUGUUUGAGACAGCCUAAAAUCUGUUAUGGACACUUUUAUCCAAAGAGGGACAUGCGUUCUAUAACAUAAGAUUACACUAUUUUCAAAAUCUGUCUUGUGUUUUUGUAUGACGACCACUCAGUGGAAAGGAAUUUAUUCAAAUAAUGGCUUCCAUCAUCUUAACACCAUGGGCUCUAUUUUCGUGGGCGGAGGGUGGCGGACCCCGCACAGUUGUAUUUUCGUCUGGCGGAGCCCGGCGUACAGCCAGUUUGGUAUUUUCAUGGACUGAGGCGCACGGAGGCGAACCGAGAUCCGCCAAGCUGUGCAGAAUCAGCAGGCACAGUGACAUUUUCGUGCUCGCCAGUGGCGUGUAAAGUGCGCUGAAAGCUCACUGCUUCAAACCUGGUCAGCUUUCAGCUCAGGCGGAGCGCAGCUGGUCUAGUAGUAUUUUGGUAGACUGGCGGCGUAUCGGCAUACAUCACACAUGCCUCACCGGCAGGUUUCCACAGUGUCAGGCACAUUUCAGUGCAAUAAAUAAUCAUCAACAACUAAUAAUCUGAGUCAGCACAUACAUUUAGAUCUAUAUAGAUAUAUUCUGAUCUAUAUCUGAUCUGAUGAGCGCGUUUGGCACGCGUUUGGACACACAACCUGACCGAAUCAACACAGCUGAAACCGCAUUAAAUUAAAUUAAAUAUCUAGUUAAUAAACACACAUGAUGAAGUUAACAAGAUAUGUAAUUCGUCUCCCUCCUUUUCUUUCUUCCUCUUCCUCUUAUUUCGCACGCAGCUCGACCUGGACAUGUCUCCGUGUCCUCUCCCCGUCCUGCUGCAGCUGAACAGAUGAUUUGUUUCAGUGCUCAGAUGAGUUAUUUACUUUAAGCCGACAUACGGAUAUUAUAAUAUUCAGUUUUGUGAGCCAAAUUUAUUUUAUACGCCAACAUUUGCGCUUGCGGCACGUCUCCGGCGAGGCACGAAAAUAGAGCCCCAUGUGUGGGGUGGGAAACUUGUGCAUGGUUAUCAUGUAUUAUUACUUUGUUCAAGGCUGCCAAACUACAAUCAUUUCUCAGAUGUUGAAAUGAUAAACAGACAUAGUGACAAUAGAGUUUUGGUCUGGAGAGAGAUCAGGCUUUAUUUAAGUCAAAGAAGAUUCUGUAACAUUUGCAUUCAGCCACUUUCUUGUACACAAUUAUGUCAAAAAAAAGAUCACAGAUACAAUGGAGAAAAAUAAACUUUUGCACAAGCAAAAUGAUUAUUUUAUGGAUAACUAUUUUUGUAAAGUAAAUAAGUGUUGAAUAUCAGUGUCAUGGUUUAAUGAGUCACCAUGCUGAGUGGCAGCCUUCAGUCUUCAGAAAUGAAGCUGACGUAGAGGUGCUUGAAACUGCAGUUCCCUGAGUGUCCACAUGAGGCUGGGUGCAGAGACUCUGCCACCCACAUACACACAUUCAAAAAACCCAUCUUUACAGCAAAAAUAAAUAAAUAAUAAAUAAAUAUGUUUACUGCUUGGUUAAAAAGUGUUCUUGACUAGAUAGCUUAUUUCCUUUUUGUGAACUGAAAUCCUUUUACAACACAUUUUCUGAAGACAUUAUGGUUACAAAUUUGACAAGUUAGAAACACAGCUGGUUUGACUGACAAGCAGAAACACUAGCCAUGUUUGCAAAAUUUCUUGGUCUGAUUAAAAAUUUGAGGGAUUGGAUAAUCUGAAUCUACUGUUUAUAUGGUUGCAAAAUCAAAUAAUCUGACCAUGACUUGCAUAUACAUGCACCAAGUUGUUUUUUCUUUUUCUUUUUUUUUAAGUAUCUUUUUGGGCGAUUUUUUUUUUUUUUUUGCCUUUUUCAUUGAUAGUACAGGAUGAAAUGUGGGGAGAUAGAGGAGGAGGACAUGCAGCACAUGGUCAGGGCUGGACUCAAACCCACGACCACUGCGGGGACUGUGGUCCCCAUACAUGUGGCACGCUAACCCACUCGGCCAUCUGUGCGCCCCCAUACACCAAGUUUUAUUCAGAUUAGAAGUAUUUGGAUAUGCGCAGAGUUUUCUGAUUUCACUACAACAACUGCAGAAGAAGAGUUGUAUUUACGCCUGUGCUGUCAACAAACGCGAUAGUGGCUCACUCUAUCCAAUUAAGGAUUUUCCCCUUGUUAAAUGUUGUCACUAGAUGGCGCCCUUGCUUACUUAUUUUACUGUUCUGUCAAAGGUUGCACUGUGCGUGCAGAUAUGAUAUCAUUGCUGUAUGUUAUCAGAGGAGCAGACACCACACAUGCCGUUGUGUUUUAUGCCAGAGUGUUAAUAACAGAACCUCUUGUAGGCCUACUGGCCUCAAUAGAUAAAGAGUGAAGACCACGUCAGGUUAGAGAGUCACAAUCAGAAUAAGUGUUUACAAGGACGCGUUUCGGAAUAGCGAUCAGCAUAAACCACCUGUCUUGCUCAGGAUACGAUUUCUUUCCGAUUGAGCCAAACUGGAUCAGAAUCUUCUGAUCGACAUGUUUACCUGACGCAUUUUUAUUCCAAUCGGGCACUUAUUCUGAUAAUUUUUGCCCAUGUAAACGAGUGAAAGAGAAGAUGAACUAUUGUCAUUUCUAAAAAAAAAUUAUGAGGGAACAGCUUGUACAAAGACUUUGUAUAAUUUUAUUAAUGGAAAGUGAUGUUGAUCAUGAACAGAGCUACAGGGGAUUUUAAAAUAAGGGUUUAUGAUUGUAUUUUCAAAAGAAGUGCAGCAUAACUAUUGGAACGUGUUUUAAAAAAGGCAUAAACUGGGCAAAUCAAUGGACUUGAUGAAGAGGGUAUUUGUAAACUGCUUCACUUGCUUAUUGUUGCGUGUCUAUUUUUGUGUCUCUUUCAGGGUGAACCAUCAGCUGCACAGGUCAUGAAACUGAAAGGCAACAUGCCUCUGUUAAAUAUUUGUGUUUUUGCCACCCUUGUGCUGUUUCAUCCUCAGUCAACAUAUCAGUCAUGCAUCAAUGGGUCACCCAGACAGUGCCAAGAGGCAGAAUUUGCUCCAGGUACUAAUCUGGCAGGAGAAGGCUUCGACAUCACCACCUUGGAACGUAAGGGGGCCUAUGUGAUCGACAUGAAUCAGUGGAAACUCAAGGACAAGACAUGCACCCUGUGUACAAACACCUUUCUAGAGAACAAACUGCAAAAGCUGCCCUUGUCAGUGGUGGACUGGAGAGCAAUGCAGUCCUGCAGCAAUAAAGUGACCAGUAAACUCCACAAAUCCAGUGAGUCCCUGCUCAGUUCCAGCACCUCUUCUGUUGAAAACAACUGGCAGCUCAAUUUGGAUGUUAAUGUGGGUAAAAAGAGUGGCUCACUGAUGCUUGCUGGUACCCACUCUAAACUGUCUGAGUACUCUAUGGAGAAGACCAAGAAUGACAAAUUCAGCUUCACAAGUCAGAGCAUGGCUUGUGAAUACUACAAGUAAGAAAAAGAAAACAGGGGAAAACUGUCCUCUGCACACUUUCCUUGACAUGAAUGGAUUUCCUGGUGUCAGAGAUGUGUUUCAUACUAAACAUUUUCAUUUUAUACACUUGUUGUGUCACUUUAAUCAGCUACAGAGUGUCAGUCAAACCCAAGCUCCACAGAGAAUUUCGACAAGCAGUGAAGGACCUCCCAAAAGUCUACAAUCAUGAAAACAAGCAACGAUUUUACAAGCUGAUUGAUAUCUUUGGCACCCAUUACAUCACCAAGGUAAACCCAAAUAAUGAAGAUCUGUGAAGGUACAAACAGUUAUUUUUUUAUCAAUAGAUUCUUAAAUCAGACUUUGAAUAUGAAAAUUUUUUCCAGGUGAAACUAGGAGGAAGUGUUCAGUCUGUGACCAGCAUCAGGCAGUGCCAGGCCAGCCUUCAGGGCCUCAGUGUGGAGGAGGUGCAGAUGUGCCUGGAAGCUGAGGCAUCUGCCAGCUUCAUAGCCACAAUUAACACUCAAGCAAAACACUGCAAGUCAGACAUUGAUAAGAUGGAAAACAAGAACUCUUUUUCAAGCCAAUUCAAUGAGAGGUCCCUAUUUUUUUCCUAUCCACUUGCACAUUUAGAUUAAAUACUUAAAAUUUUCUACUUUUAAUGUUACUCUAAACAAUGCUCUCCCGACAGGUUCACAGAAAUCAAGGGGGGCCAUACCACAGAGCCAGACCUACUCUUCUCUGCAGACAAGGAUCCAUCUGCCUACAAAGAGUGGCUCAACACAAUCCCACAGAAUCCAGACAUAAUCUCAUACUCCCUCGAUUCACUUCAUGAGUUAUUGCCCAAGAACAACCCUGUUAGGAAGAACCUGCGCUCUGCUAUCAGCCACUAUAUCCUGGAGAAAGGCUUGUGGAAGAAUUGCAGUGAGCAUUGUCAGGCUGGCAUCAAGAGUGACUCCAGGGAUUCCUGUGUCUGCCAAUGCCACAACGACCGUGCUGUAAACCAGGACUGCUGCCCGACUCGUAAGGGUAUGGCACGGGUCAUCAUAACAGUACAACGAGCAACAAGUCUUUGGGGAGACACCACCACAGCCACAGAUGGUUAUGUCAAGGUGUUUUUCAACAAGGUGAUGGUCCAACGUUCUCCUGUCAUUCAGAACAACAACAAUCCUCACUGGGGCAUGGUUGUGGACCUUGGUACUCAAGAUUUGUCAUCAGGCCGUCAAGUUAGAUUUGAAGUGUGGGACCAGGACAACAACUGGGAUGAUGAUCUGUUGGGACACUGUGUGCAAGAUCUGUCUGCUGGAGUAAAGACUGACCUCUGUAACCUGCAGCAUGGUCGGCUCUUCUUUAAAUGGGAAGUGAAAUGUGCUCCAAGUCUGGGUGGAGAUUCCUGCAUGGACUACAAACCCUCACCUAUGAGUGAAAACCUAAGGAAGCUGUAUGUGUCCCGUCAUGCCCACCCUAUUCCAAAGGCCAUCCUGUUGGAGAUGGGUGUGUUUGUGAAUGAAACAAGCCCACAGAGAAACCAGGGUCAAAAAGUUGAUUUGAUUUAAAGUCCAUGCAACGCUUGAUUUCUUAUAUGCACCAAUCUUAGAGUUACAACCAAACAAAGAUCAUUUUUGUGUUUUGGAAUUUGUCAUGUAAAAAAGAUCAACAUUGACAGCCAUCUUUGAUAUUCUGAGAGUAUUUUAAAAGUGUAAAAUAAGUAUUUAUUUACAGCAUGUAAACUGUGCAUCAGUGUAGUAUUUUUUAUGUAAGCCACCUUUAUUAAUUAAGAAAGUUUAAAAGAUUUAAAUGGUUCAAAUGUGCACAAAUGUUUUCAAAAUACAGACUGAAUGAAAGCAGAGGCAAUGAAGAAAUGUGUGCCCAAUUUGUACGUCUCAGCACAACAAAGCAAAUGCAUUUAAUGCUCUAUAGGUCCUCUUCAUAAAAACUUAAACAUAUAUUAAACAUAAAUUCUUGUAGUACACAAUUUAUCUCACCCUUUAUUUUCAAAGAUUUAUUUGCAUACGCAAAAAAGAGUGUUAAACGUUUCAGAGUUUAUGUGUUCUAUGCAAUCACUUAGUGAGAUUUUGCUUUCAGUACUAAGUUUUAUAUCAUCAAGUGUGUUUAAUGUACUCAAACAACAUUGAUACUUGGUGUUUUGUUAUUACCCUUUUGAUGAAUAAAAGCCUUUAUUUGCUUAUCACAGUAUUGAGA